AUGACCUGUGAGAAUCAAGAGCCCCCAUCAUGUCACAAUAAGGUAUCAGACCUCCCGGAGCCCAAGGAUGCGGCCGGCCCGACAGACAGACGUCCGGUGAAGGAGCCCCCCCGGCCUGGCCGCCGCUCUGAGCUCACGUCCUCCUUCCCCGGCAGGGACCCGCACGCAGCUCAGCUCCUUACCUGGGAUUGCCGCUUUUCCCUCCUUCAGCGGGAGCGCCGCAUUGACACUGCAGAUGCGGGCAACGGCGGCGUCACCGAGCGCCGCCCAUCGCCCAAGUCCGGCGGCUCCCCAGCCCCGGGUGCCCGGGCGGCCGGGCUGGGAGCGCUCUCCCCUGGCACUGCAGCUCUCCCCGACCAGUCGGGGCUCCUGCCGCCACCGUGGGCACCCUCCCCGCCCCCCGACGCGGCCACCAGCUCCGGAGGCAGGCGUCAGCUGGCCAGGCACCCUUCGCGUCCCUCCCGGAGGGCUCGGGGGGUAGUGCCAAGGGACUUGGGGUUCGGCAGCUGCUCCCCAGGGAGGCUGGGUGCUGCUUCUGCCGCUGCCGCUGCCGCUGCUGCUGCUACUACUGCCGCCUCUGCUACUGCUACUGCUAGUGCUGCCGCCGCCACUGGAGCUGCUAGAGCUGCUGCUGCCGCGGCUGCUGCUGCUGCUGCUGGGGCUGCUGGGGUUGCGGCGGCGGCGGCGGCGGCGGCGGCGGCUCCAGGGGCUGCUACUGGUGCGGGUCCUCUGGGCUGGCCCCCUGGCCCCUCGGACGAGCUGGUAGGAAAGUUUGCAGGGGGCAGCGAGCUGAGCUGCCGCUGGCUCGGCCGCCGCCGCCGGAGCUCACAGGCUGCCUGCUGCCGCCGCGGCUCGCCGCUGCUGUGCAUUGAAGCCCGGCCAAGCGCUGCAAAAACUCCAGCUGCCUGGCGCUCUCCGGGUCCUCCUCUCCUCCCCCCUCCCUCCUUGCUUUCCUCUCUCCCUCCCUCCCUCCCUUCCUUCUUCCCUCUCUCCCUCUCCUCCCCUCCCCGCAGCCUGCUCUCCCUUUCCCUCUCCGGAGCUCUCAGGCUCCGAGCCUGCUACUGACAUCUAGACUGAGAGAGAGCUGCCGGCAGAGGGGGCCGGGGGCCGUGGGCUCCCCCAGGACUCACCACGGAUUCUCGCUCCCAUACACACACACUCGGAUAUACGUGGAUACAGGCUGGAGCAUGUGCUGACCCCCACCCCGAAAACCGGCCGGAGACGCAGACACAGAUGGAGGCAGAGCUGGGCACGGAGAAUGAUGGAGGCACACAGAUGCCAAAGCAAACCUAGGCACACGAGGACUCGGAAACUGGGCCACAGACUCGGGCAGUCUGAGAACCACAGAGCCACCCAAUCCAGGGACAGAGAAAUGAAUGCCAUGUGGUGCCUGAAGAGUAAUAACAGAGCCAAAUGACAAGGAAAGAAUGAGGCAGAAAUCUGAGAGAUACAAUGGGCAGUAAAGCCUCUGGAAAACCGAAAUUGUGGCGCCACCUGCAGGAGACCAGAAAUAUCAGCAUCUCUUCAAGACACCAGCUGAACGUGGACGGAGAGGAGAGAGGAGGCAGACGUCUUCCGCAGUGUGCGACUGCAGCCCCAAGCUUCGGGUCACGAGGGUGCUGAAAUAAAACAUUUCUCAGCUCCCCUUGGCCCCUGUUUUCCUAGUCGUCUCCGUAGCUUCCCCCAGGCAGGGCUUAUCCUGACAUGACACACUCCAGCAUCCUUCAACCUGCAUCCUCCUUUGAAACGAGCUAAUUCAAUUUUCCAUCCACUCUACGCUAGCAAGAUGCCGAGAUGUUAAUAAUUCAGUCAACUAAACGGAGCCUGUCUUUCCUCCAUUUAUUUGAGAGUUAAAUCCGUCUCCAGCACAACUAUGCUUGUUUCCAGACUCAAAACGGGACCUGAAAGAGGGAAGCGCUGAGAGAAAGGGAGAGAGGAGAAGGAGCCGAUCUUUGUUUCCUCAUGUCUGAUGCUGAAAAAUAAAGCUCAAUUUAUCAUGCUGAUAGUACCAAAA